AUGCUACAAGUAAGUCUAGAGGUAGCAAGCAGACAGAGUCACAGUGAACGAGACUACCAAUCAUCUAUCGAUGCUGCCCCGAACCUAUCAUGUCCGAGCUCAUCUUCUUCGCGAAAUAAUCUACAAGUGCAGCAAAGUCAGAACGAUACCUCUACUCGAGUAUUAAGAUCACAUCACUUACAGUCAUUGCCAUUCAAUGUCCCAGUUGACGUGUCACGACCUCUUGAAUUAGCUCAUCCCCCUCCUGCAUCUAUCUUGUUCCUGUGGCAGACGUAUCUCGACGUGAUUGACCCUCUAAUCAAGAUUUUUCACGUUCCCUCUAUCCAAAGACAGGUCAUGACUAUUAGCCAAGGCCGAAAGAUUCCAGACGCGGAUACGGAAUGUUUAUUGUUUGCAAUCUAUUAUUCCACAGUAAUAGCUAUUUCAGCCGCGGAAUGCCGUCAAGAACUUCACGAAGAAAGACCCGUCCUGUUGCAACGGUUUCGCAAUGGGGUUGAGGAAUCGCUCAGACGAAUUAAUUUCUGGAGCUCUCGGAAUACGACCGCCUUACAAGCAUUCGUGCUAUACCUGAUUUGCGGACGGCAAGACCGAAAUGGUCCCGAUGUCUCCUCUCUAACUGGGAUCGCAAUUGGCAAUGGAAUGAAACUAAAUGUUCAUAUAGACAUCCCUGGUAUGCGAGCAUUUGAUCUUGAAAUGCGCCGCCGAUUGUGGUGGCAGAUCUGCACCUUGGACGUUCGAGUCGCCGAAGAAUUUGGCCGUGAACCUUUUAUCCUUGAGCCGAGCCUUCGUACAGAGCUACCGCUCAACAUCAGUGAUAUGAGCUUGGAUCCUGAUAUACGCGAAUUGCCAAGCCAACAACCGGGACGAAGCGAGAUGUUAUUCAGUCUCGUCCGGUUUGAAGUAAGCAACUUUGCGCGGCGAAUUGUUUUUUCGGACAGAUUUUGUCAAAGCAACGGCUACCGUAUAAUGAAUGAAGAGCAGAAAUGCCGGGAAGUAGACCAAUUUGGAGAGCGCCUUGAGAAGCAGUACCUUUCGUAUUGUGACAAGGGAGUUCCGCUGGACUGUAUCACGGUUAAAAGCAGCCAACUCAUUCUUGCAAAUUUAAAAUUGGCUGUUUGUAAACCGCGAGCUAACCAAAACCGUGGAAUUCCCUUACGGGCCGGUUAUCGCAAGGCUUGUGAAGAAGUUCUGCAACAUGCGCAUGCCUUGCGUCAAUACAGCAAAGGCCGUCGUUGGCUGUGGCUAUUCCAGACAUACGUGGAGUGGGAUGCUUUGGCGUAUCUCUUGCUAGAUAUUUGCAUCACGCUGUCAUCCCCAUCCUCCAGCGAGCCGUUUACUCUGCCGUGGGAAGUUAUUGAUGAGACUCAUAAUCACUGGAAGAACAAUGCAGAUGUUCAUCGGGGCCGCCGCUGGGAUAAUAUCGAGGUACUUCGGUCACAAGCGCUGUCUGUAAUAGAGAAGAUGCGAAACACAGCGCAAACGCCCCAGACGAGUUCAUCUAGUUCCUCUUUGAAGGCUCAAGGUCAGUUUGAUGGUAUGUCGGAUACCACCAUCGAGAGUCAGCAACCGUAUGAAUCGAGUCCUGAUUCUACGUUCAAUCAGCACACUGCUAUGGCGGCCAAAAUACUCAUCCCCCCGGGUUUAAAUCCUUUGGGUAGUAUUUUGCAGACGCCACUGCCCUACGUAACAGAUCUUCAAAGUUCCGAUCCCAAUACGACUGAUAAGGAACCCCAGGGAUGGGCUCCAGCAGAUGCAUCUUCUGAAGAAGGUCAGGUUUCUGCUGACACAGCAGACCUGCCUGGAGCUGGAACUGUUUGUGAGUGGAGCAGUUCGCUGAUAGAGAGAUAUUGGGAGGUUGCCGGACAAGGAUAUGAUGAGUCUGGUGCAUGGCAUUCAUCAAGUUAG